AUGAUUUCAGAUGACGAAACAGUAAAGGUGACAAACUCCCGUAGAAGUAUUUCAGAUUACGAAACAGCCUCAGCGACACCCUUCCUUCGAAUGAUUUCAGAUGAGGAAUCAGUAACGGUGACAAUCUUCCCCAGAAUGAUUUCAGAUGUCGAAACAGCCACGACGAUUCCCUCCCCUCGAAUGAUUUCAUAUGUCGAAACAUCCACAGCGAAACCCUCUCAUCGAAAGUUUUCAGAUGACGAAACGGUAAUGGUGACAAUCUCCCCCAGAAUGCUUUCAUUUUACGAAACAGCCACGGCGACACCCACCAUCAGAAUUUCAGAUGACGAAACAGCUACGAUGGCAGCCUCCCUCCGAAUGAUUUCAGAUGACGAAACAGCUACGAUGGCAGCCUCCCUCCGAAUGAUUUCAGAUGACGAAACAGCUAGGAUGGCAGCCUCCCUCCGAAUGAUUUCAGAUGACGAAACAGCUACGAUGGCAGCCUCCCUCCGAAUGAUUUCAGAUGACGAAACAGCUACGAUGGCAGCCUCCCUCCGAAUGAUUUCAGAUGACGAAACAGCUAGGAUGGCAGCCUCCCUCCGAAUUAUUUCAGAUGACGAAACAGCUACGAUGGCAGCCUCCCUCCGAAUGAUUUCAGAUGAUGAAACAGCCACGUCGACAGCCUCCAUCCGAAUUAUUUUAGAUGACGAAAAGCCCAUUGACUCCAUCUCCGAAUCCUUUCAGGUAACAAAACAGACAGCGAUUUCCUCUUCCACCUAA